AUCUUCACUGGAUGCUAAUCAGCGGCGGGACGGAAAGCACCAUUUGGCCGGCUUUUGGUCUCUCCGGUUCUACAUUUAGCCUAACCCAGAUCUCCUGCUUGCCUCUGUCAAAACACUCCGCUUCCCUCCUACCUUCGCAAGUGAGAUUUACUCAUUCAACAUUUUCUCACCAAGAUGCUUGUUUUUGGAAACAAACUGGAGGUUGUGAUUUUCCCGGUGCUCGUCCUCUUCAUCUUUCCCCUGCUGAGCUAUGGGGAAGAAAGUUUGCAGCCUUCAUUUUUGACUAAUGGAUCUACAGUGAACGUGGCCCAGAAAGAGAAAGUGGUCUUCCCCUGUAUGGUGGCUAACAAAGGCUCAUUAGCGGUCAUGUGGGAAAGAAAGAAUGGCCCAAAGUUAUUUGUGAACCGCCAAAGCAUCGUUGAAGACAAGCGCUACUCAUUGCUCCCAGGACCAGGCUUUAACCUGAGCAUCAGUGAUGUAACUCUGGAAGAUGAAGACGAAUAUGUCUGUCUCAUCAAUACGUCUCCAGUUCUCAUGGAGCAGGUCACAAAGCUCAAUGUCUACAUUCCACCAACUAUAGUGCGAAACUCCCCCGAGCGAAUAGAGGCAGAUCUGAACCAGAACAUCACGCUGAAUUGUUCAGCCAGUGGCCGACCUAAACCCACCAUCACUUGGACCAAGGAGGGUGGUCAACUUCCAACUGGAGAUGCAUCGUUCAGGGGGGAGACGCUAAAGCUAAUCAACCUCCAGAGGAAGCAUAAUGGCGUGUACAAAUGUACAGCAUCAAACUCUCUGUCAGAGCCUGUCAGUGCCACAAUCAACCUCAACAUUGAAUACAAGGCCAUGGUAUUCAACAAUAAACACACUGUGGUGCACACAGGCCGGCAGCACUCAGCCAAACUACCAUGCAUGUAUGAUGGUAACCCUCGGGCUGAGGCUCGCUGGUAUAAGGGGGCAAAGGAGGCUGUGGGUCCAGAGAUAAGAAACAGAGGGGUUAGAAAGCCACCGGCACAAAAUGGGGAGGUGUCCGAACUUGUCAUUCAUAACCCUACGGAUGAGGACCUUGGCAACUACACAUGUGUCGUCAACAACUCUCUAGGAACUGUCAAUGCAUCAUUCUUUGUUACAGGCUUACCACAACGCCCAAUGAUCAUCAGUGACUCCCAUGGGCAGUACUCCAGGGUGUACUACAUGCGCUGGAAUGUUGUAUCAUAUGAUGAACCACUCGUCUAUCAAAUGGCAAUAAGAUUGGCAAACAGAUCAGAUGCUGUGUGGAGGACAGUGAAUGUCUCUGUGGACAAGAAAUUGGACCACACGGAGAUCCCUAGCAUGUACAGUCAUCUCCACAUCCUGGAGGAACUCUCUCCAGACACGCCCUACGAGGCCAAAGUCAAGGCAAAAAACUUCUUUGGAUGGAGUGACUUCAGUGACCCCUUCAUCUUUGAAACAAGAGAAGGUGGUUAUACCCCUCCCCCUCCCACUACCACAACAACGGUCCCAUCAACCUCCGAGAUGCAUGUAAUCACAUAUACCCCUGAAGGAGAUGAUAGCAAUGGCCACACCCCUCCCCCUCCCACCAAGGCCGGGCCCGUCACCAAGAUUCUGCACUAUGGAACAAAAGGACCCAGUGGCUUGUCUCCAGAUGACCUUGAUGCAGGAGAGAUGAAUGGAGCCAGUGUUGUGAUCCAGGGAUGUUGGGCCAGUCUCAUGAGCCUGCUGAUUGGUUUGUUCUCUUGUUCACAUCUCCUUCAUUAACUCCCAGUGUACAGGGCAGAUAGGAGCACCUGUCAGUUGUAUAAGGUCUACACAAAGCCUGGUGAGUGUGCAAGUUGCCGAGUGGAAGGAUUGAUGUGCUUGCUGUGUCCUCUGCAGUGGACUCCCUGAAAUAACCAGUUGUGUUUUACUCUUCUGUUUCUGACCAUGCAUUGUUUUAUUUGUGUUUUUAGUUUCAAUUUUCUAAGAAUUUCAUGACUAUUUUGGUAAUAGUAACCAUUUUAUGGUGCCAGAAUGUGUGCUUUAGCUUCUGCCAAGCUGAAACCGUAUAAGGUGACAUUAAGGAUCUUCUUGGUUGUUUGGUGCAGAAUUACUACACAUGAUCAAGUGACAGUAGAUGGAAACAGGAAUCUGAAUGAAGUCAAUGUGCUAUGUGAAUUAGACUUUUAAGAGGUGAAAGUUUCCAGAUUAGUUGAUCGAUGAUGAUCUGCCUGCCACUAAGUGCUCACUGUGUCAGUGGCUGUCUAUGUACUGUACUUGUAUGAACGUAUAAGUGCCUGUGUCAGAGAUUCGGAGUUACCUGUAUGACAGGACUGCAAAGCUGGGAUAGUUGUCAUUUUACCUGCCUGAUAGCACUGUCAUAAAUCUGUGUAAGUCAGAUUUUCUUAACCUACUUUGUAAAUCAUGUGGACACAUGGUGCUAAAGCCUAGACAGCGUCAUUUGAGAAAAAGUAAUGAGAGAUUUGAUUUAUGAAGUUUUAUGAAACGUGUGAUGUUUAAAAUGACGUUCAUUAUUUCUUUUAUACUUUAGGCUGUAGAUUCUGUGGCUGUCUUCUUGGUUUAAAAAUGUCUGCUCCCCAUAAUCUGUUUGAAGAGCAGUGAACUGUGCCUUGUAUGUGUAUAUGAAUACCAGAUAUGUAGCCUUUGUGUUGCUGUCCAUAUUGUGUUCUGUAAUAUGACUUAAAUUUCCUGCUCAUUGUGGAAAUGACCACUUGCUUUAACAGAUAAUAUGUACUUUACGAUUUUCAGUUGAGGUUGUGUUUGACUUUCAAUAAUAAGUCAUUAUGAGAACGUAAUAUAUUAUUAUUAAUUCCUAUUUUAGUUAGAGAGAUUAUAUUAUACUGUAAUUUUGUGAAUGGAAAUGGUGACAGGUUCAGAAAGAAUGAAAUCGAUAUCAUUGCUUGUUCAUUAAAAUGUGAAAAAGGUGUUCUUGCUCCUAUAUUUGUUGAUGUACAGGUGGUGGUUGAAAUAUAACCUGUGGGUGUAAAAAUCGGGAUCCAGUUCUGGCAGGCUGUCCGCUUUAACGUCCAUUUGGUCAUAAGACUCGAAACUCAAGGUUCAUUUGCAUAUUCAUGAAAGGCCAUAUUUAUGACCAGAUGUGCACAUACACCCUAGAUUAUGACAUUGUACAAUAGAGCAACUCAAACAAGAAGAAAUGUUCUUAUAGCGAAAAUCAGCUGCCCACCAUGGAUUAUAAACUAUAGACUCGUAUGUAAAUAGUCUCAAAUGGAACAGGAAUCCAAAUUUCCAUUGUCUGCUUUUGAAACUUCGUAAAUCUGAUCUGAAUUUUCCAAAUUCGUUUACUUUUUAAUUCACAUAACUUCCAAGUCAACACGUUAAUGUUUGUAGGGCAAUUUUGUAAGGCUAAUUAAAAUUCCUAAACAUGGAACUUGUGCAAAAAAAAAAGAGGAAAAGUGUUUUUGGUUGAAUUGGACUUGGACAAAUAUUUCGCCGUGGCUGUCAUCGUCAUGUCCCACAUUCUCAACGCCAUCUCUCCCGUUCAUGUUAUAACAUUCUAACAUUUCUAAAAGUCGGGAAUACCAUUAUGGACAAUAUCUGCUGUAUAAUUAAGAGAAGUCCUCCAGACUGGGAUAAAUUGUUCAAUUAGCUGAGAAGACACUUUGCAGUUGUGUUAAAUGUAUGGGAUUCAUGUGUUGGUUUAUAUAGGGUAACAUAGUUUACAUUCCUCUGUUCCCGACUCGCUGUGGUCGUCUUUGAGGGGUGACUAAUUAUCAAUGCUGUAUAUUAUAUAUCGCUGAGUAACGCUAAAGUUUACCCUAUAGUUCUUACUUUUGUAACGCACAUAGUAAUCCAGUAUGUUCACCAGUAAUCCAAAUGUGUACGUAUAAACUGGCUGAUUUUAGUGAACUUCUGACAAUUUAAUGAAUGGUUGAUAAUUAGUUAAUAGAUAUGUCUUGGCUACAAUAUUGUGUUUAUGUUUUUCUCGUUUAUGUUGUGCCAGCUUCCUUAAUCAUUGAUCUUAGGGAUAAUUAGCUGUGUCCAAAAUUAAAGAUUUUAUCAUUGUAAAUACUUUUGUCUUGUUGGAAUACAAAACCAAGAGGUUAAAUUGUUUCUUCGGAAUUGCUAGGAUCAGAACCCUGGGCCCAUUGUCACAAAAAUUACGUAAAUCAUUCUUUUCUGUAUCUUUUCUCUUAAGUCAUGCCGCCUCAAUAGCGAUGCAACUUAGUGUCUUUUAUGAAGAACGAUCUGAGAGAUGUGACUUUUGUAAUUUUGUGAAAGUGGUCGUUGUUUGUUAAAUGCUUAAGUUCGUUACGUUACAGGGUUUUGUAAAGUUACAAUGUGUUUGUUGCAAAUGUUGUGAAAUAAACUUACUUGUGUUCAGA